AUGCAGAAGCGUUCCUGGAAUACAAAUACUUCAUCCUCUGACUUUAUCCUACUGGGGCUUCUGGUGAACAGUCAGGCUACAGGGAUUGUCUUCACUGUUAUCCUUGCUAUUUUCUUGGUGGUUAUAACUGCAAAUUUGGUCAUGAUAUUUUUGAUUCAGGUGGACACUCACCUCCAUACUCCCAUGUACUUUCUGCUCAGUCAGUUGUCUAUAAUGGACACCCUUUUCAUUUGUACCACUGUCCCAAAGCGCCUGGUUGACAUGGUAUCCCAAAGGAAGACCAUUUCUUUCGUGGCCUGUGGCAUCCAGAUCUUUCUCUACUUGACCAUGAUUGGCUCAGAGUUCUUUCUUCUGGGCCUCAUGGCCUAUGACUAUGUGGCUGUCUGUAACCCCCGUAGGUAUCCAGUCUUGAUGAAUCACAAGGCGUGUCUCCUUCUGGCUUCUGGUGCUUGGUUUGGUGGCUCUCUCGAUGGCUUUCUGCUAACCCCCAUCACUAUGAAUGUCCCCUAUUGUGGCUCCCGCAGCAUCAACCAUUUCUUCUGGGAGAUCCCUGCAGUGCUCAAACUGGCCUGUGCUGACACAUCCUUGUAUAAAACUCUGAUGUACGUCUGCUGUGUAUUCAUGCUGCUCAUCCCCAUCUCAAUCAUCUCUACUUCUUACUCUCUAAUCUUGUUAACUGUCCACUGCAUGCACUCUGCAGAAGGCCGGAAGAAAGCUUUUACCACUUGCUCAUCCCACUUGACUGUUGUCAGUAUCUUUUAUGGAGCUGCCUUCUACACAUAUGUGCUUCCCCAGUCAUUCCACACUCCUGAGCAGGACAAAGUAGUGUCAGCCUUUUAUACCAUAGUCAGCCCUCUUAUCUACAGCCUCAGGAACAAGGAUGGAACAUUUCAGUGCAGAGAGAAAUAUGACGAUGGAUGA